AUGCCUGGUUUGAAUGAGAUUCCGCUUCACAUCAAACAGCGAAUCUAUGGAGAGUUGGAUUUCAUCUCAAGGUACGUUUCGUUCAAUGCUUUCUUUGUCGAUGCAUUUAUUGAUUAUCUCUUUUUCAGAUGCAAUUUCCGAAAAUCGACGCGCACAAAUCGACUAGUGUCGAUAAACUCGAACUUCCACGCCAAUCGCCUUCUUCUCCGCGUCGCAAAGCAUUUCAUCGAGUGGAAAGUCAGCGCAAAGGAGUGUAUAUUGGUGAAGUACAACAGAGACGAAUCGGGAUGUCGCCUCGAGACGAACAUUGAUAAUAUCCCGAAAACGACGAAACUCAUCGAAGGCGAACACUUUGUGGAUCUGGCCUUCGACGACUUUGAGCAGAUGAUCGGAAACCGAAAGUUGACGGUUCGCGUUUUCGGCGUGGAAAUUCAUUCCGGAGCUGUCGGCUACGUCGAAAACAUCAAAGUGGUUCUGGAAAAGUUGAGCCACAAACUCCACGUGCGCAUGUUCGAUAUCUUGUUCGACGGAGAACACGAAGCGGUCCUCUCGUUCGUUCCAUUCAUGAAACCUGGAAUUCUGGAACAUGUGUGCUUUGUCAACGGUCAAAUGAAUUCAACGGAACUCGAUUUGGACGACCUUCUGAUGUUGGACCAAAUCAAAUCUGCGCGAGUUUUGUACUCGAGCCGAUUUGAAACGAACACGAGCGUUGAGAAGUUGAACGCCAUUCCCCACGUGUCGAUCGGAGUACAAAACCUCUCGCCGGACUACUGCCUUACACUUGUAACCGUGAGUUUUGCCGCUUUUCAUGGUUUUUUCAAUCAAUCAAAUCUUUUCAGAAUUUCGUGUACUCCGAAACGGCAGAAUGUCUCCGUUUGGUGUGCAAAGAAAUGGACGUGGACGCGUUGGAGCAACUGCUGGAUCUGAACUUCACGAGAUAUUCGUGGUUUCCGAGAGGCUGGCAGUGCGUUUUGACUGGCCAGAAGUUCACGAAAAUGUGUGCGGCUCUCGUCCCGAACGUUAUUGAAAUGGUCAAAUUGUAG